AUGAGAGGAUACAGAGCCGCGAAGAAAGCCCAGAGUGAAUCCAAGCCACCCUAUGCUGUGCCGGCGAAGAAUAUCCGCCGAAAUGCAACUCGGAAGGCAAAACGGGCUGGUGACGCGUUUCAGAACGAGAAGGCUAAAGUCAAAGCGACAGGCGAUAUUCAGAAGACUAGACAGGCAACCUUGGCGUUGAAUAUUGCGGAGGUGGAGCGGUGGGAGUUCGCGGUCCAAAACAGGAUUCCAACGAAAAUUGUGCCAUCGAAGGAAGUUCGCGGGAUGAUAUGUGAGCACAGAGCUAAACAAGCUCAGAAUGCAUAG